CGCCCGCAUCCGCAUCCGCUACGCCAACGCAGCGACGGAGGGGAGGGAUAAAAUCCGCCGCGGCCGCCUCCACCCACAUCGAAGCUCCGCUUCUCCAAGUCCCCCCUUCCCCUUGCGAGGGGGCGGAGGGGAGGUGGUAGGGUCUACGGCAGCGGCAGUGCCCGUGGCCAUGGAUAAGGCGGCGGGGCAACGCCAUCUUAUCGGAGGCGGCGGCGGCGGCGGAGGGAAGAAGGCGGGGUCUGCCGCGGCGCCCGCGCUUGGACUGCAGAAGCAGAACUCGUGGUCGCCGGACAUCGAGCGCGAUGAGGCAUGGGAGCGCCGGCGCCGGGGCAUGCGCCGCGGCGGCACGGCGCUGCGGCGCGUCCGGAGUGUCACGGACGACGAUCUCGACGAGCUCCGCGGGUGCAUCGAUCUGGGGUUCGGAUUUGAGCCGGCCCCUGCCGUCGCCGGGUCCGGGUGCGCGGCGUGCGGCUGUGCCGGGAGGAACCGCCUCCUGGAGACGCUGCCGGCGCUCGACCUCUACUACGCCGUCCACGCCGGCGGUGCCGAGGGACCGACGUGCUCGUGCGGCGCCGCGUCGGAGGUCUCCUCCGAAGAGUCGCCGCUCGGCAGCCCGAUGUCCAUAUUAUCUCCAGGCGAUCCACCGGAGACGGUGAAGAUGCGGCUGAAGCAGUGGGCGCAGGUGGUUGCGCUUUCCAUGCUGAGCCGCCACUGAGCUCUUGGCUCUUGGUGACGGCGGCACUAUGACCGCCGCUACCUUGCAUUGGGGGAAGGAAUCCCGCUCGCCGAUCACCUCGAGCAGACGCUAGCAGAAGGAAAAAGAAAGAAAUUUAUGUUGUUUGGUGGGCCGCCGCCUUCCACUUGCUCUUAUCUUGGACUAAUCAACUUUCUUUCAUUAUGAUGAUAUGAUUCUGCUUAAAACAAAACUAUCAUGCCUAAUUACUUUGCUUCCUCUAAUUCGUUUUAGUUUUUCAAUUCUAUUGCUUCUCUUAAUCCGUAUUAGCUUUUCAUCUCCAUGUAUGUACAUAAACCUAUCAAGAGCAGAUUAAUUUUCGUCAUCUCAAUUGAUGAUUAGUGCCUUUACCA